AUGUACGAGUGCAUGCUCACACUCCAAUACCUAAAGCCCUCAACCGCGACUACCAGUAGCCUCGGCCUAGUCCGGACUCCAGAGCAAGCAGCAUUGUGCACUAGGAAGAAAGAAGGAGAGAAGAAAAAACGACCAGCCCACCUGGCGGGGUCACUUCUCCCUGCUCCUGCCUGUGCACGCCGCGGUAGUGGUGGUGGUGGUGGUGGUGGUGGUGGUGGUGCUGCUGCUGCUGCUGCUGCUGCUGGUCUCCCCGUUUUCCUGCCGUAG